CACUCCAUUGGGUGUCUCUUGAGAUGUCUCGUCGGUUUCGGACUUGACGGACGCGGUAGACUCGUCUUGCUUUGGCUCCUCAUCAAGAGUUGGGACAUCUGCCAUGUUCAGUACCCAGAUCCCAGAGAACCGUACCAAGACCUGUCCAACCCACCAAAGCAAGUAUGAUCCAUGCACAAGACAAAGCCUUGAAGAUGCUGUAUCUACUAGAACCGCUUUUUGUUUAGAUGAGAGGUUAGCCUAGCACAUCCAGAAAGCCGGCAAUGGAUGGAUUAAUGGACAUAUGUCUGGGGGCUUCAAGAGGGAGGAGUUGUUCGCAAGAAACAGCAGCAACAGGUCUGUAAGGAUGGAGCGAUAAUGACGGUAACAUGCAGGCUUCUAAACGCCUGACCCUAUCGGAGGAGAGAUGAGGCACCUAGAUGUUGGUUUACCAUGUUUAGUGUCCACUACAACCACUCCCUUGCUGCCAUGAGUGGAAACGACAUGAUGGCGCACUCUCUGACUCUGGAGCAGAAGACAGCGUUUGCCUUUGUGGGGAUGCUACUGGUGUUCCUGGGGCUGCUGAUAGUAAGGUGUUUCAGGAUCCUGCUGGACCCCUACAGCAGUAUGCCCUCUUCCAACUGGGCUGACGGCAUCGAGGGGCUGGAGAAAGGGACGUUUGAGUACGCCCUCACUUAACACAGGGACACACACAUCCAAAGAUGUCCUCAUGAACAGAAAUGCCUGUAUACACACAUAUGGAUACACACGGACACGAAUGCAUACACGUGCGAACACACAUACGCCACAGCCCUGCACAACCAUUUCACCUGACGCUGACAGACCAUCAAGACAUCUUUCUGUGACAGACUCAACGAAGAGACCGCAGCUGUGUAUGUUGUUUGACGUGUGUGCACUGUUAGUUCAGAGCCAGUGUAGAGUUUCUCUACUGUAUGUGACUACAGACUGUCUGAUGUGUGUGUCUGACCAAGUGUGAGGCAGAUGCUGUAUCAUAUUCUCUGCCCUUCUGCCAAGGUGGUGUGCAUUUCAGCUCAUCGAUUUACACGGAAAUGACUGAAGCUCCCUUUAACCCAUGCCUAAAAGUUGAAUGUCUGUAGAUUAUAAGAGGUGGUGAGAGGUGGACGCUUGCCGGACAGGAUGGGGAAUUAGGGUGCAGUGGAAUCAUUCAGAUACAGUUUGAAGACUCAGGGACAAGAUUCCUCAUGUGAACUCACACCGGGGAAACAGAGUGGCUCCACCUCUGCACAGCAGAGCUGUUCUGCACAAGAAUGUAUACUGUAUGGUUGGAUACAGGGUAUUAUGUAAAACUAGUGCUUUGUGGACUAAUCAGAUCCAAUCUAAUGGUGAUCCAAAGGGAUGCUGCUGCUGCUGUGUGUGUGUGUGUGUGUGUAAAGACUGGUCCUUUCCGUGGUGUUUUGUUUUUUGAAGUCAUGCAGUGAGAGGCAACUGAACAAACUGUGAUUUACAUUAUGGUGUUACUGUUUCUAAAUGAUGCAAAAACAACUCUUUUAGAGUUUGUACUGCUGCUGGUUAUGAGUGAUGAUAUGCUGUAUGUUGCCACAAUUACAUGUCUGAGUGAAAGAAAAAACACAACUGUUUACUUUUGACAGUAUACCUGCAAAGACAUAUGAUAAUGUUGCUUUGUGGACUGUCAGUUUUUCCCUUCUGUCAAGCGUUCUGCCUAAAGGUUGGCUAAUGCAAUCAAGCCAAAGACCUUUCAAGGGAAAUGAGGAUUAGAGGCUAGGAGGAACUCUCUCUUUCAGCGCUGCUAGUUCUCUAAUGACAAGGAGAAACUCACUACCUGUCCGCAGAGGAAAAGGUCACAUGGAAAAUAGGGGUGGGAUGUCUUCCAGCACUGCACGUGAACAUCUUUCUCCUCCAAUUCUCAACCAUCCCCACCUGCUGUCAUCCCUCCAGACAGAGGAAGACAGGACUAAACAGAGAUUCUGUAAUACGGCAGACUGUUCAAAGUCUUGAGUGUUCCUUUGGUAAUUUUUACGGUCUACGGUUUCUUCCUUAGUGCUGUGAAUCUGCCUUACUGUGACCUUCAAUGGGUUUAUGUGCCUUCAUCUAGAAACAUUAGAGCACCUGUUUAUGUCUGUGUGUACGCAAGCGUGUGUGUGUGGCAUAUCAUGAUGACCGAUGCGUCUCCGGACCUGUUGCUUGCUCAGCUGGUUGUAGAGAUUUCUCAUUGAUAUAGACUUGAUUCAAUGAUGUGAAUAAAUAGAAUUUCUUCACUUUAAAAUAA